CAAAUACACUCUGCAUCUCCUUGCGUCACGGUGGGUUCACUAUUUCCCAUCUCUGUCGUCUGCUCAGUUGCCGCAAGACUGCUCAACUUCGUUCUCUAGUGAUCAUUAAUCUCCUUCCACGUUCUUCGUUUAUCAGCAAUUAAAAGUCUUUAUCAGAAUGACUGAGAGAAAAGGUCGCUUCAAGGUGGAUUUUCUUCUGGAACUUGAAAGAGUUAUCCAGGAAAAGUGGGAAAAUUCCAAGAUAUUUGAAGAAGAUGCACCUGAAGAUGAAACCAGCAUGGAAAAAUACUUUGUCAAUUUUCCAUAUCCAUACAUGAAUGGGCUGCUACACUUAGGGCAUACUUUUACCCUAAUGAAGUGUGAUCUUGCCGUUGGUUACCAACGAUUGAAGGGGAAAAAGUGUUUGUAUCCUUUUGGAUUUCACUGCACAGGAAUGCCAAUUAAGGCUUGUGCGGACAAGCUUAAAAGGGAAAUGGAACAGUUUGGAUUUCCACCAAAUCUUCCAGAACAAGUUGAAGAAGUCAUAGAAGAUGUCAGGGAAGCCGCCAUUCCUAAAGACAAAUCAAAGGGCAAGAAAAGCAAACUUGUAGCAAAGUCAGGAUCAGCAAAAUACCAAUGGCAAAUUAUGCAAAGCCUGGGGUUGAAAGAUGAAGAAAUUAGACCUUUUGCUGAUGCAGAAUAUUGGCUAAAGUUUUUCCCUCCAUUGGCGAAGCGAGAUUUGAUGAAACUAGGCCUACAUGUUGAUUGGCGACGAUCCUUCAUUACGACCGACGCAAAUCCCUUCUACGAUAGCUUCGUACGUUGGCAGUUCUUGCGCCUACGAGACCGUGGGCACAUUCAAUUUGGUGAACGUUACACGAUUUUCUCGCCCAAGGACGACCAGCCCUGUAUGGACCACGACCGGGCAUCCGGCGAAGGUGUUGGUCCAAUGGAAUACACUCUGAUCAAGAUGAAAAUCUUAGAUCCUGUGCCUAAAGUCUUGGCGCCCUUUGACAAGAAGCCAAUAUUUUUGGUAGCUGCCACUCUUCGCCCUGAAACUAUGUACGGCCAAACCAACUGUUGGCUACGUCCGGACAUGGAUUAUAUUGUUUUUGAAACGAAUUCUGGUGAAAUUUUCGUUUGCACGUACCGAGCGGCUUUGAACAUGUCGUUCCAGAAAAUGACAGCAGAAGUAGGAAAGGUUUCCGUUUUGGCUAAAAUCAAAGGCGAACAAAUUCUAGGUGCGUCACUUCAGUCUCCUCUUUCCAGCUACAAUCCAAUUUAUGCUUUGCCAAUGUUAACAAUCAAAGAGGAUAAGGGAACUGGUAUUGUGACCAGCGUUCCCUCCGAUUCUCCCGAUGAUUACGCAGCUCUUCGGGACUUGAAAAAUAAGGCCGCUUUAAGGGAAAAAUAUGGAAUCAACGAUGAAAUGGUUUUACCGUUUGAGCCUGUUCCUAUUGUAGAAGUGCCUGAGCUAGGGAAUCUGAGUGCGGUAUACGCUUGCGAUCGCUUCAAAAUCCAGAGUCAAAAUGAUAAAGAUAAACUUCUGGAGGCGAAAGAACUUGUUUACUUGAAAGGGUUUUACGACGGCGUUCUCCUCGUUGGACCUCAUCAGGGAAAAAAAGUGCAGGAUGUCAAGAAAGUGAUCCAGAAGGAGAUGAUUCAAGCUGCACAAGCCCUUGUUUACAUGGAGCCAGAGAAAACAAUUAUUUCCAGAUCCGGCGAUGAAUGUGUGGUGGCUCUGUGCGACCAGUGGUACCUCGACUAUGGAAAGGGGGCGUGGAGGGAACGCACUACCGAAGCUUUGGCGAAAAUCAACACUUUUCACGAUGAAGUUCGAAAAAAUUUCACUGCCACCUUGGAUUGGCUUAAAGAGCAUGCGUGUUCUCGGACGUAUGGACUAGGCUCAAAGCUGCCUUGGGAUGAAAAAUGGUUAAUUGAAUCCCUUUCGGAUUCUACUAUUUACAUGGCUUAUUAUACUGUGGCACAUUUGUUACAGGGGAACACUUUUGAUGGAUCAGGAGAUAAUGCCUUAGGUAUCAAUGCCGAGCAAAUGACUCCUGAAGUUUGGGAUUACAUUUUCUUCAAAGAGGCACCACUGCCUACCACUGCUAUUCCUGAAGAAAAACUACGCGUUUUGAAAAAAGAGUUCAAUUUUUGGUACCCUGUUGACUUGCGUGUUUCCGGGAAAGAUUUGGUGCCAAACCAUUUGACGUAUUUCCUAUACAACCAUGUCGCAAUCUGGCCGAACGAACCAAACAGGUGGCCUCAAGCCAUUCGAGCCAAUGGACAUUUGCUUCUUAAUUCUGAAAAAAUGUCAAAAUCAACUGGUAAUUUUUUGACACUUGCUGAAGCCAUUGAAAAGUUUAGCGCCGACGGCAUGAGAUUAGCUUUGGCGGAUUCUGGUGAUUCUGUGGAAGAUGCCAAUUUUGUUGAGGCAAUGGCAGAUGCAGGAAUUUUAAGACUCUAUAACUUAAUCGAUUGGGUUAAGGAAUCUCUUGCUACUAUCGAUCAGUUAAGAGAUUCCGAUUACACGUUUAAUGACCAAGUGUUUGACAAUGAGAUGAACCUGAAAAUUACAGAGACAAAUCAGAAUUAUGACCGCAUGCUUUUCAAAGAGGCCCUUCGCACGGGAUUCUUCGAAUACCAAGCAAUCCGGGACACUUACAGAGAAAUAAGCAUGGGCAAUAUGCAUAAAAAGUUAAUACUCAAAUACAUCGAAACCCAAGCUGUUAUUCUCUCACCCAUUUGCCCACAUAUUGCGGAACAUGUAUGGCAAUUGCUUGGUCACGAAGAAAGCAUACUGAAAUGCCAAUGGCCGUCUGUUCCAGAAUAUGAUAGCGUUCUCAUCAGCGCCGGGGCGUAUCUGGACCAGGCUGCCCAUGAAUUCCGUUUGCGAAUGAAAGCAUACCUAUCAUCACUUUCCUCGAAAGGUGCCAAAAAAGGGGUCAACGUACCAACUGACAAACCCACACAUGGCACUGUUUGGAUUGCAAAAAAUUAUCCUACUUGGCAAUCAAUCAUCUUGACCCUUCUUCAAGAAAAAUAUAACCAAGAUGGAGUUAUGCCUGAUAACAAGUGGUUAUCAUCAGAGCUUAGCUCGAAACCGGAAUUGAAAAAAUCUAUGAAGAAAGUUAUGCCUUUCGUUCAAGUGGCAAAAGAAAAAGUAGCCAAGCAUGGUAUUCGUGCUCUCAAUUUGACAAUGGACUUCAACGAAGCGGAAAUAAUCACGAAGAACAUCGAAUAUCUUACCGCAACAUUGGAUUUAGAAGGAUUGAAUGUCCUGUAUUCAGAUGAUCCUACUGCCGAUGAAAAAAUUAAAGAAGACUGUGUACCUGGCGUCCCUCACAUUACCUUCCGUUAUCAACCUGGCGUUUCCAUCAACUUCCUCAACCCGCAACCACUUUCGGGUUUAUUUGAAGUAAAGCUUGCAAUAAUGCAAGGAGACACGCCGGCCAAAUUAGCCAGUCGUUUAGUUAAACAUCAUAAACAAAUUAAGGAUCCCAAACGAGUUUCCCUCUGGCGCUACCAAGAUCCCCUUCUUGGACCUAGAAAAAUCCCCACAUCUGACGACUUGGAAAGGGGCAAGAUUCGGCUGACUGAGGCUCAUACCUUCCUCGUGAAUCUUGAAAAUAAAACUGUUGCAGUAGAAGAAAAUGGAACGCAAGUUGACAUUGGAUCAAGCUUAACAUACAUUGUUGCAUAAACUUCCAACAUGUUUGAACUGAUUUCAGAAAUGGAAAUUAAUACUACAAAGUGUUCGAAAAUGACAAA